GAGCUUUCAGCGCCCGCUGAAGUUUCUCUCGCGCUCCUCGUUGCUGGUCGCUCUCUGGACUCCUCCGAAGCGCGCGCUGGAAUAAACCCUCCUACUUCUCUUCUUUCUCCUCCUCCACCUCUUUCUCCUCUUCCUCCUCCUCUUCUUCCUCCUGAAGCUCGCGCGGCUCCGCAGCAGCAGCGCUGGUGAUGCGCCUGGGUCGGCGCGCGCAAGCAGCACCGAGAAAACAUCCGCGCGCUUUUCUUCCCGGGACUUUUGCGCCGUUAUCUCCCUCUCUUUCCUCCUCUAAGCCGGAAUAGUGAAGUAAGUUUUCCCGUUGGAUUUAUUGGCAUGGAUACCGUGGCCGCGAGGAUGCAGCAGGGCGCUCGUGCGUUUGGGAAUCUUUAGGGGGGGAAAAGGCAAAAACGCUGGAGAGGAAUUAAACAAGGAUACACAGCAGCACUCCACCAAGAACCACCAUGCACGUGCAUAUAUACGGCUUCCUGCUGCUUUUGGAUGAGCUUGUGGUCAGCAUGUCCAGUUCCUCGGCUCUGUCUGCGUCCGGUCCUCAGGACUGGGUGGACUGUGUAAAGGCCAGUGAGGUCUGUAACCAGAACCCUCAGUGUAGCUCCCGUUACCGCAUCAUGAGGCAGUGCCUGGUGGGCAAAGACUGGAACACCAUGCUGGCUAAUAAGGAGUGCCAGGCGGCUCUGGAGGUUCUGCAGGAGAGCCCGCUGUACGACUGCCGCUGUAAAAGAGGCAUGAAGAAGGAGCUCCAGUGCCUGCAGAGCUACUGGAGCAUCAACAUGGGCCUGAGUGAAGGUGAAGACUUCUACGAGGCGACUCCGUAUGAGCCUCUGCCUCCUGUCCGUCACUCUGAUGCCUUCCGCCUGGCCUCCAUCACUUCUGGUAUGCAGAUCUAUGCAGGUGUAGGAAUGCGUCUGCCGCUGUGUUCAGGCCCCGGUAAUUGUAACCCCUGCCUGGACGCCACUAAAGCCUGUAACCUGAACGAUAACUGUAAGCGGCAGCGCUCGGCCUACAUCAGCACCUGCACGCGGGUCACGGGUCAGCAGGGUCAGCAGCAGCAGGACGGCUGUAACAGGAAGCGAUGUCACAAGGCCCUGCGGCAGUUCCUGGAGCGCGUGGAGUCUCAGUACACCUUCGGCCUGCUGUUCUGCGCCUGCCGCGAUAAGGCCUGCGCCGAGAGACGCCGGCAGACCAUCGUCCCCAGCUGCGCCUACGAGGACAAAAACAAACCCAACUGCCUGCAGCUCCGCAAGACCUGCAGACUGGACGCUCUCUGCAGGUCAAGACUGGCGGACUUCCAUACAAACUGUCAGAUGACCCGCGACUUCAUCAGCAGCUGCCCGAACGACGACUACCAGGCCUGCCUGACCGCCUACACCGGCCUCAUCGGAACCGAAAUGACUCCAAACUACGAGAACAACAAUCACGAGGACUUCACCAUCUCGCCCUGGUGCACCUGCCAGAACAGCGGCAACAAGGAGGAGGAGUGUGACAAAUUCCUCAAGGACUUCAACCAGAACACCUGCCUGCAAAAUGCGAUUGUGGCUUUCGGCUACGGGAUGUUUAAGUUUGAUGCUCCGUUUGGUACGCCCUCCGCGAACCCUGAGCCCAGCAUCGAGCCCAAAUCCACCCCCAGCCCCAACAGCACCAGAGCUGCCACUGAGGAAAACGCAGAGACCUGCAGCCCCUCCAAAGGCUUCGGGUGUAAUGAGGCUCUCAUCGAACCCGACACAGUGGUGCCAAAAUUCAACACGAGGAACUGGAGCCCAGGCCUGAAGCUCAGCGCUGGCGUCUGGAUGCUGUGGCUGAUUUACGCUGCGGGAAACUUCGCUAUCUAAUCCUGCCUGAGACACGAGAACAGGACCUUACGAGACCAGUCAAAAAAAUCUCCAAAUGACCAAAUUCUCUGCUCGUGUGUCCUCUCUCUACUACUACAGCUUUAUUUGCGUCCAAAUUAAAGAGCAAGAAACCAAGAAAAACAUGGAAUUUACAGAACGGAGGGACACAUAUCCGAGACUAAAGUGCCCAGCGAGUGAGAACGCGGCGGAAAAGACGGAGAAAGUAGACGUUUCUCACUUCGUCUCUUGGGAAUAAACUGACCCUGUGCUUUGCUGCUCUGGUAGACUCAUGGCUAAGAUCUAACGUGGACUUUCUGGGAGUCUACCGUACAGCUUCUUUUCUCACGGAUGUUUGGUUGUACCCGUGUGAUCUGUUCCACCCGCCGACCGACUCUGGACCGACGUCUUUUCUCGCGAAUCCUCCGUAUCGAGCCCCGAUUUCUGUUGGAUUUUUUUUCGCACUCUUUCCACGCUGACAGGUGCUUCUGCUUUUUUCGCAUUGUGAUUUUUCUUUUUUUUUCAUGGCACCUUCUCUUUCUUUCUCUUUUUUUUUUCUCCUCCUUUGUGCUGGAGGAGUAAUUACUUUUCUCUCGUGGUUCUUUUUUCAAUGCGAAGUUGUUUGAAGUAUAAAUCUGUAGCCUGUCGACAUGGUGUGAGGGCGUGUCGCCGCUGACAAGCUUUCUUAUUCCUGUUCUGUGCUUUUCUGACGGAUUUAAAUAAAAAAGAGAGAAGAAAAAAAGAAGAAAUAUAAAAAAAAAACGAAGCGUUUCUGAAAAGUACUAAUCGAUCAAGAAGAGGACUGGCACUUGCGGAGUAUUUGUUCUAGUUUAAAGUGGAUUUACGGUUCUAAUGGGCUGCCCACGAGUACAGUAUAAUUUCAGUCUGUGAAUAUGAAAAUGUUCUCUCUUUUUUUCCUUUCAACUGUACAGAUCAUGAUUAUAAUGUAAAGUCUUUACGUCAAGGAAGAGAACAGUGAAUGGUGGAAUUAUAGUUCUGCUGGGGUGACUGAGUGGAGCGUAAGCCGUGAUGAAAAGUGCAGUUAGGGUGUGUUUUCUUAUACAUGAUUAUGCACUUAUUGAAUCUUUUUCCUGGAGCAUUUAUGACCUCGAUCCACUCUUAAAAACAUACAGCACCAGUUAAAAGUUUGGACCCAGUUGGAUGAAUAUUUUCAUCAUCAUUUAGGCCUAAAACUAGCAUAAAAUAUGUCGUUUGCCACAAUAUUUAAAAUUCAGUAGCUUCGUUGUUUUUACACAUUUUAUGAUUUUAUAUCUUUUGUCUGUUUCUCUGACAGCAUGCAUUAUGCAAAUGCAUCAUGCAGCCACUGGGAAUCCAGUCUUGACUGAUAGCCAGUGAUCAGCAGGCUAUUAAAUACAACCAAGCCUCAUAAGUGUAACUUUACCUUGGUGUUGAGAUCUUCACAGAUAUAAAUUUGAAGCCCUUAUCCGAUCGAUACUCACGACCUGAAUGGUACUGCUAAAUUUGUGACCUGAACCCAAUCCGAACCCCUGCUCGAGUCUAAAGUUGGCUCAAUGUCUUAUUCAAAAUUACCUUCCCACCUUAAAGGGUGCAGCAGUUAAGGUGGAACGUAACAUUCAAACUUGCACUUGAAUUGCUAAGGCCUAAGCUUGACCUCCUGGCCUGCCUGAACCGACGCUGUGCUCAGGACCACAUCGUCAGAAAAAAUAUUGCUUCCAUUUUCCAGUAGUUAUACUUGGCGGUAUGGCUCUGUUCUGGGAGCAGCAGAAAGACCCCCAAAUGACCACACCAGGCAUACCCGGCCAGCAGGAGGUUGCAAAGAUGAAUUUAGCCAAAUGUAUGCGUAGUAGGCGAUCAGCUGGGCCAUCAGCUGAUUGAGAUCAGUCGAUGACAGCUGGUGAUCUGAGACUGUGGUCUGAGCUUGACUUCACAGCCUGCCUGGACUAACGCUAUGCUCAAUUUCCUUCCGGACCACCUUAUCAGAGAAAAUAUUUUGUUUCCACUUGCAGUAGUUAUAUUUGUUCUGGGACCUCCCUGCACUUCCAUGUGCACACAUGGAAAGCCUAAGGCAGGGAGAGCAGCAGAAGGACCCUCAAAAUGACCCGAGGAAGCGGCGAGAAUGGGCAGGCUAAAGCAGCUUAAACAAACACCCUGAUGAAUUUAGCCAGUUGUCUGCAUAGUAGGUGAUCAGCUGGGCCAUCAGCUGAUUGAGAUCAGUCGAUGACAGCUGGUGAUCUGAGACUGUGGUCUGAGCUUGACUUCACAGCCUGCCUGGACUAACGCCAUGCUCAAUUACAUUAACAGUAUUUAUUAUAAGUAUUUUUUUAUGUAAUUGCUGGUCAAACCUAGCAAAAAACAACAUCUCUACUGCUGCUACUUUCAGGAAUGCUGAGUAUUACGAUCUUUAAAAUGUCAAACUGGGGACCUUCUGGGCCGAAGUGCUGUGGAGAUCAGUGUUUACCCAGUUGAUGAAGGUUUUGAUAAUUAGCUGAUGAGCUGAAUCAGGUGUGUUUAAUGAGACAGUAUGUUGACGUCUGCAGUGUUUUGGCCCACGAGGGCUGGAGCCUGACACGUGCUCUGGAAACACUGUGACACCGCCACAGGAGGACAGUAGGCGUAUUUACAACAGAUGUAGUGAUGGUAAAAUUUUUUACUUACUUCAAAAUGUUUUAAUUAGCAGCAAUAUUAGGAUCAACACCAAUAAAACCGUUAGUAGUAAAUAUCGGCUUAUAUCAUUGGCCAAUCAAUAUAUCGGUCAGGCUGCGAUGCCUGUGUUCAUUUAUUUUGCGAUGCCCUGCCAAGUCCUUUUUUGAGCCAUCAUAUGUUCUUCAGUCCUGCUGGAAAAACAUCUCAGGUGGUUCCUCAUGACGUUUCUUGAGAAAACACCAGGAAGCAUGUAAAGCGGCAUUAAUGUGGGGCUACUUUCAGAAUAAUUCCAUCCCACUGUUUUUUUUUUUCAGAUGUUUUUUUUUAUUUCAAUAUCACGUCUUUGCAAUCAUUCUGAAAUGUUGAAAAGUUAAGGAAAACCCUUCUAUGAGUAGGUGUGUCCAAACUUUUGACUGCUGCUGUAUGAGAAAUCAAUUUCUGGCCACACUAAAUGACGAUAUCUGCCGAAGACGCAGGCAGGUGAAUGCAGAAGGCUAAAGGAAGUUAAACGGCUGAAAACAAACUGGUUAGUCUGAAAUGUUCUUCUUGCCAAAUGUGCUUCAGAUUGUAUUAUUUUAUGUAUCGUGUAUUCAGUUUUUUCAAAAGCACCAGGAAACCACAUUUCAGUAUUGGAGACACACCCUAAGGAACGAGCGGAGGUGCCAAUGUGACGAGUUAUUAACAGCCAUUGUGUAAUCUGUCUAAUAUUUGAAUAGAAAUGUAUACAAAAUAAAACCUCAUUAACAAUC